CAGUAAUUUUAUUGUGUUAGUGUGAUGUGUUCAUCGUCGUAAAGUCGUAAUCGUAAUUUUUAAUUUUAGAUUGGAUUACUUACGAAGUCAUAGAAUUUGUUUACGAUGGCCACGUCUAGUGAAACGUCGGAACAAAAUGUAAAAUCUAGGCGACCAGCAGAAUCUGCAUUUAAACAGCAACGUUUACCUGCCUGGCAGCCUAUUCUUACUGCGGGAACGGUUCUUCCUACGUUCUUUGUAAUAGGCAUUGCGUUUAUUCCCGUAGGAAUAGGCUUACUCUACUUUUCUGAUGAGGUAAAAGAACAUGUGAUAGACUACACACAUUGUCUGAAAGAAGGAGAAAAUAUAACAUGCGCAGACUAUAUCAAAAGGACUUCUAUGCAACAUUGCUCUUGCCGCCUACCGUUCAACUUGACGGAGGACUUCAAGGGAGAUGUGUACUUUUACUAUGGACUCAGCAACUAUUAUCAAAAUCAUCGACGAUAUGUCAAGUCAAGGGAUGACAGUCAGCUUCUGGGCCGCCUAUCGCUAACACCUUCGACCGACUGCUUGCCGUUUGCUUAUGCAAUGGAAGAUGGGAAGGAGAAACCAGUGGCCCCAUGUGGUGCUAUAGCCAACUCUCUAUUCAAUGAUACAUUGACGGUGUUCUCCCAUAUUUCGAACUCGAACGUGCCGGUGCUGCGCACAGGGAUCGCUUGGGAGUCUGACAAGCAAAUCAAGUUCAGGAACCCUCCUGGAGAUCUUAAAACAGCAUUCGCAAAUUUCACGAAGCCUGAAAAUUGGCGAGUCAAUGUCUGGGAGUUGGACCCUAACAACACUGAAAACAACGGAUUCCAGAACGAGGACUUAAUAGUAUGGAUGCGUACGGCAGCGCUGCCCACGUUCCGCAAGCUGUACCGGCGCGUCGACCACAAGGAACUCGGCUACAGCACCGGACUCGCCAAGGGAUCCUACGAGCUCAUCGUGGACUACAACUAUCCUGUAACUGACUUCGAUGGUACUAAGUCGUUCAUAAUAUCGACAACAUCCCUUCUGGGAGGGAAGAAUCCGUUCUUGGGUGUGGCCUAUGUCGUGGUAGGGACAUUGUGCUUACUGCUGGGCAUUGUACUACUCGUCAUACACGUCAAAUGCUCUAAGAGCACUACUGAGAUGAUCAACGUGAACCCACGCACUCCAUACUCGUAAGCUGUGACGUCAUAAGGUGAUUUAAGGUUUUGAGAUUAACUUUAAUUACGUUCUUAUUUCAAAAACCAAAUAAACAGUAGACACUGUUAAUUUAUGAUUUAUUUUUUUUAUAGAAAUGCAAGUAUUUAUAAUGUUUUCUUUUUUCAAAUUAGUUCUCUCGAUCAAACAUCGGAUUUUUAUUAUAAGGACUAUAUUGGAUAUUUUAUCGAUAGUGUACGAAUUAAAUGUCGACAAAGCACCGUGUCUGGUAAAUAUUAUCGAAUAUUGAGUCCUAACUUUACUUUUUUUUAAUAUUCUU